CCGCUCUCUGCACAACCACAGAGUCCCGGACAACACCUCUCUCUACCUCUUACUCUCUCUCUCUUCAACACACUAUGCCCCGCCGUCGCUCUGGUGGUUUCCGCCGCUCUGCCCCGCGUGCUGCCCCGCGCGCUGCCCCGCGCGCUGCCCCGCGCGCUGCUCCGCGCGCUGCCCCGCGCGCUGCUCCGUCGCGGGCCUCGUCGUCCACCGCUGCUCCGCCCAAGAGCUCGACGAGCUCAAGCUCGAGCUCCAGCAAGCCUGCCGCGGCGCCCGCGGCUGGCGCUGCCGCACCCGCGGCUGGUGGCGGCGGUUUUCUCUCCAACAUGGCUGCUGCCGCCGGUGGCUCCAUGCUCGGCUCGAUGAUCGGCCACUCGCUGUUUGGCGGCUCGAGUUCGAGUGGCGAGGCCGCCCCUGCUGGUGGCGAGGCUGGCGCCGCCGGCGCCGCUGCUGCCGACCCGUGCUUCGACUUUGCCCGCGCCUUUAACGAGUGCGUCUACGAUCCGCAGAACCAGGGUGACAUCGCCUACUGCCAGGGCGUCUUUGACAACCUGCUGCAGUGCCAGCGCGAGGCGACCGCCUCCGCCGCCCCGGCCCAGUAG